AGCGCAGUUCUAUAUGGUCACGAUGACAGCAGCAUACCAGGAGAUCCAGCAGACUGACGUGUGAGCCCUGCCGGAGGGGUCUCAAGAGUUUUAAAGCGCCUCAUGCUUCAUUUAACCAUUCAAGUAUAUUAAGUCGCGUCGCUUUCCCCGUCUUUCCUUUAAUUUCGAACGCGAAUAAAGCAGGAACGAACUUUUUUCAAACGGCGUUCUGAAAAGUGACGGCUGGAGGAAUUAAAAAGUGAACGCAAAACAUUCGCGCAGCAACCGUUCUUUCUUUAAAACUAGUUCAAAGCUGGUUUGGUUCUAGAGAAAUACUUCUCACGCUCUUAAACUUUCUUUCGUUUUCUUUCCUUCUUUUUUUCCCCUUCAGAGUAGCGUGCGCGCGCUUGUCCCACUCCCCCCUCGCGCUGUAAAAACUCGCUGAUUGUCGUAUAAAAAGGGGGGCACGAGAACAUUGAAAAAAAAAAAAAUGAUGAGCAAUAAUACAUACUUCGACCAGCAGCUGCCGCCGCAGUAUUACCAGGGCACCGACAACGGAGAGGACGGAGACGAGGAGAUGCCGGCCACGGAGAAGGACCUGGCGGAGGAUGCGCCCUGGAAGAAGAUCCAGCAGAACACCUUCACCAGGUGGUGCAACGAGCAUCUGAAAUGCCUCAACAAGAAGAUCAACGACCUGCAGAAGGACCUGAGCGACGGCCUCAAGCUCAUCGGGCUCCUGGAAGUUCUCAGCCAGAAGAAAAUGUACAGAAAGUACCACGCCAGACCCAAUUUCAGGCAGAUGAAGCUGGAGAACGUGUCCGUCGCGCUAGAGUUUCUGGAAAGGGAACACAUCAAACUGGUUUCUAUAGAUAGUAAAGCUAUAGUGGACGGCAACCUAAAACUGAUCCUGGGGCUGAUAUGGACCCUUAUUCUGCACUACUCUAUUUCCAUGCCCAUGUGGGAGGAUGAGGACGAUGAAGACGCCCGGAAGCUGACGCCCAAACAGCGCCUUCUGGGCUGGAUCCAGAACAAGGUCCCCCAGCUGCCCAUCAACAACUUCCACAGGGACUGGAGAGAUGGCAAAGCCCUCGGUGCACUGGUGGAUAAUUGCGCACCUGGCCUGUGUCCGGACUGGGAGACAUGGGACCCGAGUCAGCCAGUGGAGAAUGCAAGAGAAGCCAUGCAACAAGCUGACGACUGGCUCGGUGUGCCUCAGGUGAUCGCACCUGAGGAGAUCGUGGAUCCUAAUGUGGACGAGCACUCAGUGAUGACCUACCUGUCUCAGUUCCCCAAAGCCAAACUCAAGCCUGGUGCCCCACUGCGAUCUAAAACCCUGCACCCCAAGAGAGCCAAGGCCUAUGGUCCAGGGAUUGAGCCCAGAGGUAAUGUUGUGUUGAGGCCAGCUGAGUUUGUGGUGGAGACCGUGGAGGCCGGGCUUGGAGAGGUGUUGGUGUACGUCGAGGAUCCAGAAGGCCACACAGAAGAGGCCAGAGUAAUUCCCAAGAAUGACAGGAACAGGAGCUACUCUGUGCUCUAUGUCCCGAAAGUGGAGGGCCUGCAUAAGGUGAAGGUGUUGUUUGCUGGACAGGACAUUGACAGAAGCCCUUUCCUAGUAAAUGUGUCUAAAGCACUGGGUGACCCAAACAAGGUGCAGGCCCGUGGGCCAGGUUUGGAACCGGUGGGGAAUGUGGCCAAUAAACCCACCUAUUUUGACAUCUACACAGCAGGUGCAGGAGCAGGCGAUGUCGGUGUGAUCAUUGUGGACUCUCAGGGCCGCAGAGACACAGUGGAGAUCAUUCUGGAAAACAAGGGCGACAGUGUUUUCCGCUGCACAUACGGCCCCAUUUUGGAGGGCCCUCACACUAUAUAUGUGACAUUCGCUGGCCAGCAGAUACCCAGAAGCCCUUUCACUGUCCACAUCUCAGAGGCAAGCAACCCCAAUGCCUGUCGGGCCAUCGGGCGCGGCCUGCAGCCCAAGGGUGUGCGUGUGAAGGAGGUGGCCGACUUUAAGGUGUACACGAAGGGAGCAGGCAGUGGAGAACUACGUGUGCAAGUCAAAGGGCCAAGAGGUGGCGAUGAGCCUGUGAAGGUGCAAGAGCUGGGUGACGGUGUGUAUGAAUGUGAUUACUACCCCAUUUUCACUGGAAAAUACAUUAUCACCAUUACUUGGGGUGGCCACGCCAUUCCCCGCAGCCCAUUUGAGGUGGUCAUAAGUGAAGAUGCAGGCCCUCAGAAGGUGAGGGCUUGGGGUCCAGGCUUGGAGACAGGCAUGGUUGGCAAAUCAGCUGACUUUGUGGUCGAGGCCAUUGGCACUGAGGUUGGAACUCUGGGUUUCUCCAUCGAAGGCCCCUCACAGGCUAAGAUAGAGUGUGAUGAUAAGGGAGAUGGGUCUUGUGAUGUUUUGUACUGGCCCACUGAGCCUGGUGACUAUGCGGUCCAUGUCAUCUGUGAUGAUGAAGAUAUCAAAGACAGCCCAUUUAUGGCCCACAUCCUCCCUGCAGCCAAUGACGUCUUUCCUGAGAAGAUUAAGUGCUACGGCCCUGGGCUAGAACCAACCGGGUGCAUUGUAAACAAACCUGCUGAAUUUACAAUUGACGCCCGUGGAGCUGGAAGAGGACAUCUACAGAUUUACGCUCAGGAUUCAGAAGGCUUCCCAAUCAACAUCCAGAUCACAGAUAAUGGUGACAGCACAUAUUUCUGCAUCUACAUACCCACCAAGCCCAUCAAACACACUAUCGUCAUCACCUGGGGAGAGGUCAACGUUCCCAACAGUCCAUUCAGGGUGGCCAUUGGAGAAGGCAGUCAUCCAGAGAACGUGAAGGUUCAUGGUCCUGGAGUAGAGAAGACUGGCUUGAAGGCCAGUGAACCCACUUACUUUACUGUGGAUUGCAGUGAGGCCGGACAAGGAGAUGUCAGCAUUGGGAUUAAAUGUGCUCCUGGCGUGGUGGGACCUGCCGAAGCAGAUAUUGAUUUUGAUAUCAUUAAAAAUGACAACGACACAUUCACAGUGAAGUAUACGCCCCCUGGAGCAGGACGCUACACCAUCAUGGUGCUAUUUGCUGAUCAAGAAAUUCCAAUCAGCCCCUUCCGUAUCAAAGUUGAUCCAUCCCAUGAUGCUAAUAAAGUGAAAGCAGAGGGUCCCGGACUCAACAAGACAGGUGUGGAAGUGGGCAAGCCGACCCACUUCACGAUCUACACUAAAGGAGCAGGCAAGGCAACACCUGAGGUUCACUUUACCACAGCUGGGAAAGGAGAAGCCGUCAGUGACUUCGAGAUCAUCGAUAACCAUGACUAUUCUUUCACUGUGCGUUACACUGCGUUACAGCAGGGUAACAUGAGCAUAUCUGUGUGCCAUGGUGGUGACCCCAUCCCCAAAAGCCCUUUUACCAUCAGUGUUGCUCCUCCUUUGGAUCUCAACAAGGUCAAAGUUCAAGGACUCAACAACAAAGUCGAUGUAGGGAAAGAUGAGGAGUUUACCAUUAACACACGUGGUGCGGGAGGUCAAGGAAAGGUGGACGUCAAGAUUAUCCCUUCUCGCCGGCCAAUCCCAUGCAAGGUUGAAUCUGGAACAUCCAAUGAGGUGUACACUGUUAAAUACAUUCCCCCGGAAGAGGGGCCCUACAAAGUGGACAUCAGCUAUGAUGGAAACCCUGUGCCUGGAAGUCCUUUCACGGUGGAGGGAGAGAUGCCUCCAGAUCCCUCAAAGGUACGAGCCUAUGGCCCUGGCCUAAAGGGAGGUAUUGUGGGUAAACCUGCUCCAUUUGCCAUUGACACCAAAGGUGCAGGUACAGGGGGUCUCGGGCUGACUGUGGAGGGUCCAUGUGAAGCCAAGAUUGAGUGCCAGGACAAUGGAGAUGGAUCUUGCUCGGUAUCCUAUCUGCCCACUGAGCCUGGAGAGUAUUCCAUCAACAUCCUGUUUGCUGAUGCUCACAUCCCUGGUUCUCCCUUCAAAGCCAUGGUGCAGUCUGUCUUUGACCCCAGCAAGGUCACAGCCAGCGGACCAGGGCUGGAGAGAGGAAAGGUCAAUGAAGCGGCUUCGUUCACAGUGGACUGCUCUAAAGCAGGCGAGGCGGAGUUGACCAUUGAGAUUAUUUCAGAUUCAGGAGCGCAGGCUGAGGUUCAUGUCCAGAAUAACAGCGAUGGAACAUAUUCUAUCACCUACAUCCCUCCUUUCCAUGGAAUGUACACCAUCACGAUUAAAUAUGGAGGACAUGCAGUGCCGAAGUUCCCUGCGAGGGUUCAGGUGGAUCCUGCUCUCGAUACAAGUGGAAUCAAGGUCUACGGUCCAGGAGUGGAACCCAGAGGGGUGCUUCGAGAGGUCACUACACACUUUGUCAUUGACACUCGGGUUCACAGCAAGAUGGGUGGAAACCAUGUCAAAGUUCGGAUUGUUAACCCAUCAGGUGCCAACACUGAUGCGUACAUCACUGACAAAGGAGAUGGCACUUAUAGAGUGGAGUAUACAGCAUUUGAGGAUGGUGUGCAUCUGAUAGAGGUGCUGUAUGAUGACGUACCUGUUCCUAAGAGCCCGUUUAGGGUGGCGGUAACCGAAGGUUGUGAUCCCAGCCGUGUACGUGCCUAUGGUCCUGGUCUGGAAGAGGGUCUGGUCAACAAACCCAACCGCUUCACUGUGGAGACCAGGGGUGCUGGCACAGGUGGCCUUGGAUUGGCCAUCGAGGGUCCAUCAGAAGCUAAGAUGUCUUGUAAAGAUAACAAAGAUGGCAGCUGUAGCGUGGAGUAUAUUCCUUUCACUCCUGGAGAAUAUGACGUUAACAUUACUUUCGGAGGUCUGCCUAUCCCAGGUAGCCCAUUCAGGGUGCCUGUGAGGGAGCUAGUGGAUCCAAGUAAGGUGAAGUGUUCUGGUCCUGGUUUGGGAAGCGGAGUAAGAGCCCACGUUCCUCAAACCUUCACCGUGGACUGCAGUAAAGCAGGACUCGCCCCACUAGAGGUGCUUCUGUAUGGACCCACAGGGAUGACAGAGCCAGUGAAUAUCACAGACAACGGUGAAGGCAUACACACGGUGACCUACACUCCUGCUAAAGAUGGACCUUACACUGUGUGUGUCAAAUAUGCAGACCAAGAAGUGCCACGCAGUCCGUUUAAGAUCAAGGUGUUGCCUGCUCAUGAUGCCAGUAAAGUUCGUGCCAGCGGUCCCGGACUGAACGCUUCCGGUGUUCCCGCCAGCCUGCCGGUGGAGUUCACCAUCGAUGCCCGUGACGCAGGCGAGGGGCUUCUCACUGUACAGAUACUGGACCCAGAAGGAAAACCAAAGAAAGCCAACAUUCGAGAUAACAGAGAUGGAACAUACACCGUGUCCUACGUCCCAGAUAUGACGGGACGCUACACUAUUACAAUCAAAUAUGGUGGAGAUGAGAUCCCAUACUCACCCUAUCGCAUACAUGCGCUGCCCAGUGGAGAUGCCAGCAAAUGCCAUGUAACAGUGUCAAUUGGGGGACACGGAUUGGGCUCUGGGCUCGGACCCACUAUUCAAAUUGGCGAGGAGACCGUUAUCACUGUGGAUGCAAAGGCUGCUGGGAAGGGAAAAGUCACCUGCAAAGUGUCAACUCCAGACGGUGCAGAGCUAGACGUGGAUGUGGUGGAGAACGCAGACGGGACAUUUGAUAUCUAUUAUACUGCUCCAGAGCCUGGGAAAUACGUCAUAACCAUUCGCUUUGGAGGAGAGCACAUUCCCAACAGCCCCUUCCAUGUGGUGGCAUCUGAUACCAUCCCUAUAAUCGAGGAACCGUGUGAUAAACUACAGUUACAGCAGCCCUACGCCCCCUACCAGGGCUACACCCCUCACUGGGCCACGGAGGAACCAGUCACUGCAGUGGAUGCCAUGGAGCCAAUGCUCCGCCCGUUCAAUCUGGUUAUUCCAUUUACUGUGCAAAAGGGGGAAAUUACAGGUGAGGUACGCAUGCCAUCUGGUAAAACCGCCCGUCCACACAUCACUGAUAACAAGGACGGGACUGUGACGGUCAAAUAUGCCCCCACUGAGAAGGGCCUACAUGAGAUGGACAUCAAAUAUGAUGGCAACCACAUACCAGGAAGUCCGCUGCAGUUCUAUGUGGAUGCUAUUAACAGUGGACAUGUGAAUGCAUACGGUCCUGGUCUGAGUCAUGGCAUGGUCAACAAACCCGCCACCUUCACUAUCGUCACUAAGGAUGCUGGAGAAGGUGGUCUGUCUUUGGCAGUGGAAGGCCCUUCUAAAGCAGAGAUCAGCUGUAAAGAUAAUAAAGAUGGCACCUGCACUGUGUCCUACCUGCCAACGGCCCCAGGAGACUAUAAUAUAAUCGUCAAGUUUGAUGACAAGCACAUCGCUGGAAGCCCCUUUACAGCCAAGAUCACAGGUGAUGACUCCAUGAGGACGUCUGAGCUGAACGUUGGCACAUCCACAGACGUGUCACUGAAGAUCACAGAGACAGACCUGAGCUCCCUGACUGCUAGCAUCAGAGCCCCAUCUGGAAACGAGGAGCCCUGCCUGCUGAAGAGACUUCCAAACCGACACAUCGGAAUAUCCUUCACUCCUAAAGAGGUGGGUGAGCAUGUGGUCAGCGUGAAGAAGAAUGGAAAACACGUGACCAACAGCCCAUUCAAGAUCAUGGUGGGCCAGUCUGAGAUAGGAGACGCCAGUAAGGUGAAGGUGUUUGGGAAAGGACUGAUUGAAGGACACACCUUUGAAGUGGCUGAGUUCAUUGUGGACACCAGAACUGCAGGUUAUGGAGGUCUCGGUCUGUCCAUCGAGGGGCCCAGCAAAGUUGACAUUAACUGUUCGGACGUGGAAGAUGGAACCUGUAAAGUGACCUACUGCCCAACCGAACCCGGAACUUACAUCAUCAACAUCAAAUUUGCAGACCAACAUGUGCCAGGAAGUCCAUUUACAGUGAAGGUUCUGGGCGAAGGAAGAAUGAAGGAGAGCAUCACCAGAAAGAGGCAGGCGCCCUCUAUUGCCUCGGUGGGCAGCACUUGCGACCUCAACCUCAAGAUUCCAGGGAACUGGUUUCAGAUGGUGUCGGCCCAAGAGCGGCACACGCGUACCUUCACCCGCAGCAGCCACACCUACACACGAACAGAACGCACCGAGAUCAGCAAGACCCGUGCGGGCGAGACCAAACGGGAAGUGCGGGUGGAAGAGAGCACCCAGGUGGGGGGCGACCCCUUUAGGGAUGUUUUCGGUGGAUUCCGGGGCAGGGAGAGCCGGGGAACCUACAGCAGCGCCCAGGGCCGACAAUCAGAGGGUGAAUCAGGUACACAGGAAAUGACUGCACAGGUGACGAGUCCCAGCGGCAACACAGAGGACGCUGAGAUCAUAGAGGGAGAGGACAGCACCUAUAGUGUGCGUUUUGUGCCUCAGGAGAUGGGCCCCCACACUGUCAAUGUCAAAUACAGGGGACAGCAUGUCCCCGGAAGCCCCUUCCAGUUCACCGUGGGGCCCCUGGGAGAGGGAGGGCCCCAUAAGGUUCGGGCUGGUGGUACUGGUUUGGACAGAGGUGUGGCUGGAGUUCCAGCUGAGUUCAGUAUCUGGACCCGUGAGGCCGGUGCUGGUGGUUUGUCCAUAGCUGUCGAGGGGCCCAGCAAAGCAGAAAUUUCCUUUGAGGACAGGAAGGAUGGUUCCUGUGGGGUGGCCUAUGUGGUGCAGGAACCUGGGGACUAUGAAGUUUCAAUCAAAUUUAACGACGAGCAUAUCCCAGACAGCCCUUUUAUCGUUCCUAUUGCAUCAGUGUCAGAUGACGGCCGCCUGCUCACCGUCACCAGCCUGCAGGAGAUGGGUCUGAAGGUGAAUCAAGAAGCCUCGUUUGCCGUGCAGCUGAACGGAGCGCGAGGGGCGAUUGAUGCGAAGGUUCACACACCAUCUGGAGCAGUGGAGGAGUGUUACAUCACCGAGCUAGACAAUGAUAAACACGCCAUACGGUUUAUUCCACGAGAGAACGGCGUCCACUCCAUCGAUGUCCGUUUUAACGGGAGUCACAUCCCUGGCAGUCCCUUCAAGAUCCGUGUAGGGGAACCCGGCCAGGCAGGAGAUCCAGGAAUGGUGACGGCUUUCGGGGCCGGACUGGAGGGAGGAACUACAGGUGUACCGUCAGACUUCAUUGUAAACACGUGUAACGCUGGCUCAGGAGCUCUGUCGGUCACCAUCGACGGCCCAUCGAAGGUGAAGAUGGAUUGUCAGGAGUGUCCAGAAGGAUACAAGGUCACCUACACACCCAUGGCUCCCGGUAGCUACCUCAUCUCCAUUAAAUACGGAGGACCGCAGCAUAUCGUGGGCAGCCCCUUCAAAGCCAAAGUCUCUGGUGCACGUCUGUCCGGAGGACACUCUCUACACGAAACGUCAUCGGUUCUGGUGGAAACGGUCAUGAAAUCGUCCUCAGUGGCCGGAUCCUUCUCUACUCUGCCAAAGUUCUCGUCCGACGCCAGUAAGGUGAUCUCCAGGGGGGCCGGACUCUCCAAAGCCUUCAUUGGCCAGAAGAACACCUUCACAGUGGACUGCAGUAAAGCAGGGACAAAUAUGUUGAUGGUAGGAGUGCACGGGCCAAAGACUCCCUGUGAGGAAGUGUACGUCAAGCACAUGGGCAACAGAAUGUACAAUGUCACAUACACAGUGAAGGAGAAAGGCGACUACAUCCUGAUAGUCAAAUGGGGUGAAGAAAUGGUGCCCGGAAGCCCUUUCCACGUCACCGUGCCUUAAAGACUGUCUUAAGCCCCUCUCCUCUAUGCAAAGACUCUACUGAUCAUCCUGGGAAAGAGACGGGAUUCACCGACAAUGCCUUUUCAUGACAUAUUAAUCAAGAAAACCUCCUAUAUCUGCAUACUCUUUAUCCAAAGUCCAUUAUGUGCUCAUUUCACACCGCUAUUUGUGUUGUACUCACUGAUGUCGUGAGACUAGAGAAUGUUUGAAUGGUGAAAUGCUCAUUUGAAAACGCUUCGUGCUGAAUCACAUCCAUCUUGUAACCAGUGAAGUAACUCUCCGGACCAUUUACAGACAUAAUUUAACAGCUGAAUUAUUUAAUCAGUUUUUCUUUUGUUUUAAAUCUAUUGCUAAAACUGGUCUUAUUUUUUUAUGUUGCGCUAACACGAUUUAGUCUGGACUAGGUUUGAAGCCAGUCCUAAUCAAGGGUUUAGAUUGAAUGGAGAAAGCCUGAUAUUUAAGUCCUAGUGGACCAGGUUCAGACUCACACUGGGUCUAAACCGGUCCCGAGUGGCCCAGGACCCCUGCAGACUGGGUUGCGUGAUUGGUUAGAUGUUUUUUUUUUUGUACCAAGCGGUGUAGCAAAAACCGUUCAGCAUGUGAAUGUUUGAAAUCCCACAGUUUUUACAGCGACUAUGUUAAAGAGCAACAUUUUAUAGUGAUUUUAUAUGUAUGAAUUUAAAAUAGAAAUGUAUGGAGAAACACUAAUUGUUUGAUAUUUUAAUCUACUGUUUGGUAAAACUGUGCUGGCAUAUUAAAGUUUUAAUUGCUAA